AUGAAUCAAUCUGGUAAUUGGGACAACUCCACUUCAAGCCAAAGUUUGAAUAAUAAUAGUAUAAACGUGGACUCAAAUAUAAUAACUUCAAGUACAAUCGAACCAACCAAUGUGAAUGAUCAAAGACGGCAAAUAUCUUCAGAUCAAACUCCACAAUCGAACAUUAAUGCUUCUUCUAUAAUAAACAACGACACAGGUACUGUGAAUAGUAGUAGUCAGUCUAUUGAUACUUCACAUAGAUUUUAUGAUUUAAUUCAUGAUCAUACAACUCAACUCGAAGUACAAAUGCAACCACAAUUUACGACUGAGGAAAUUCAUAAUUCAAUGAAUAAUGGAAGGAAUUCUUCUUUCUCGAGCAGUAACUUCGAAGAACCACACAAUUUAAGACAUACGACUAAUGAUUUCAUGCAAUUAAUUAAUGAAGAUGACGAGCUCGAAAAUGAUGAAAGAUUACAAGAAACUUUAGAAAGAAACCCUCAUCAUGCAAGUAGCUUUACUGUUGAACCGGACGAUGAGGACAAUGUUGAUGAUGAUAAUGAUGAUGAUGACUUUUAUGGGGAGGAUGAUGAUGAAGAUAGUUCAAAUGAUGUCGAAGAAGAUUCGGAUGAUUUUGAAGCGAUUGAUCAUGAUAUGAUAAGUCAUGGAACUACAACUAGUAAUAUCUACCAUCAAAGAAGUACGGGUCAAUUAGAAGAAGAUGAAGUCAUGGACGAAGAUGAAGAUGAUAAUGGAGAGGGUGAUGAAGAUGAUGAGGAUUUGGAAGAGUUGAUACCAGAAGAAGAAAACAACACUGGCUCGUCACAACCAAGUCUAGAACAAAUCCAAAAGGUGUACUACACAAGAGGUUUACAAGAAUUGGAAGCUCUACAAUUGGUUGACUUAUCACAAUUAGCGACCUGGAAACUCUCUUCUUAUAAACAAGGAUGUGGACUAGCUCAGCUAAGGGAGGAUAAUCCUGAAACAUAUUGGCAAAGUGAUGGUAGUAACGGUGGGAACAAUACAAACCCAAACAGUUCAAACUUAGUCAAUAAUCAUUUAAGCAAUCCACAUUCAGUUACAAUUCAAUUCAUAAAAAAAGUUUCUUUAGAAAGAAUCUCAAUUUUUACAAACUACAGUUUGGAUGAAAGUUAUACACCCAGCAAGAUCAAAAUUAUGGCUGGUUCAAGUGAAGGGUGGGAUUUAAUUGAAGUUUGUACAGUUAAUUUCAAUCAACCAAUUGGUUGGUCUCAUAUAAUUUUCAAUGGAAUGAGAAAAGAUGCAGUUUUGAAAUGUUUCAUGAUAAAAAUUUUCAUACUUGCUAAUCAUCAAGAAGGUAAAGAUAGUCAUAUUAGAGCAAUUAGAUGUUUCGGUAGGAAAAAUCAGCCUCAAAGGAGUUUGAGAAACGAUUUCGAUAGUCGAGGAAUAAUUGAGCAUCUGGAUAUGCUCAAAGAUUUAAGCUUGGCAAGUGGUUCUAGAAGUUUAUCUGGUAUUUCUUUAAAUCAAAGGGUCUUAUCUUGCAGCACGAAUAAAGAUGAUCGUGAACCGAUGGAAGCUGAAGAGGAGCGAGAAGAGGAGGACAACUUUGAUGAUGACAAUUCAAAAUUGGAUCCAGAAACGUCUAGAAUAUUACAAAAUGUUAACGAUGUUAUUAGAAACAAUGAAGGAUUUCGAAGUAUUGAAUUAACCAGUGUAUCUUCGAUACGAUGA